GGCCGGGGGUUCGCGGAGGCUCGGCUAGGGGGCGCGGAGGUGACGGAGACCGGCGCUCUGGUCCGGGGACCCCCCCCGAACUUAGGAGCCUUUCUCCGAAUAGUUACUGUCUCCAGACUGUUUGAACAAUUUAACCCAAAACAUGGAUAUCAGACCAAAUCAUACAAUUUAUAUCAACAACAUGAAUGACAAAAUUAAGAAAGAAGAAUUGAAGAGAUCCCUGUAUGCCUUGUUUUCUCAGUUUGGCCAUGUGGUAGAUAUUGUGGCUUUAAAGACCAUGAAGAUGAGAGGGCAAGCCUUUGUUAUCUUUAAGGAACUGGGCUCAUCCACUAACGCCUUGAGACAGUUACAAGGAUUUCCAUUCUAUGGUAAACCAAUGCGAAUCCAGUAUGCAAAAACAGAUUCUGAUAUAAUAUCUAAAAUGCGUGGCACUUUUGCUGACAAAGAAAAGAAAAAAGAAAAGAAAAAAGCCAAAACUGUGGAACAGACUGCGACAACUGCAAACAAAAAGCCUGGUCAGGGAACACCAAAUUCAGUGAAUACCCAAGGAAAUUCAACACCAAAUCCUCAGGUCCCUGAUUACCCUCCAAACUAUAUUUUAUUCCUUAAUAAUUUACCAGAAGAGACUAAUGAGAUGAUGUUAUCCAUGCUGUUUAAUCAAUUUCCUGGUUUCAAGGAAGUACGUUUGGUACCUGGGAGGCAUGACAUUGCAUUUGUUGAAUUUGAAAAUGACGGACAGGCUGGAGCUGCCAGGGAUGCUUUACAAGGAUUUAAGAUCACACCGUCUCAUGCCAUGAAGAUCACCUAUGCCAAGAAAUGACAUUUGGGAGAGUUGUCUUUUCAAGGACUUGGUGUUAUUUAUAAUGUUUGUUUUGAUAACAUUUGGUCUGGCCAUUUUAAGAGUUGGGGCUUGAGAGAAAGUGAAACUGAAAUUUUUGUGAGGGGUUUAAAAAAUUGCCUAGUCUUUCUUUAGCCUUAGUGAAGUAUGAAAUAUGAAGGCCUUAAUUUUGUACAGUAAACUUUUAUUUGUAUUCUAUACAUAAUACUUCAUUUUUUAGCUCAACUGUCCUAUCACCAAAUACUUUUGCUAGUCUAGAACAUACCGUAAGGAAAUAGAACUGUAAUAGAGUGCUUUUCUAGUAUUAUUUUGGAGCAGCUAAUGGUAGAGAAACAUUGAACCAUUUUAAUAAAAGUAAAGGAGAGUUAGAUCAAGCCCUUGAUUAGAUUUUCUGUAGUGUUAUUUUUUAUGCAUACGAACUGCCAUCUUGGAGUUUGUCUUUUUUUUUUAAAUGAGUCUUGUAUUGAUAAAAAUGAUCAUCCUGGAUAUUAGAAGAAAAGAAACUAAGACUUGGGCAGGAUCUAAAUUUGAUCUUCUUCUUCAAAUAAAUGAGCACAGUAUUUGGCUGGUAGUAGACAUUUCAUGAAUCUUUUCAUUCAGUGUUUAUUGAGUAACGGCCAUCUAGGAGUAACUGUAUGUACUGUUUCCUGGUAAAACAGAAGGCAGGGGAAUGCUCUCUUCAGACCUCACAUUUCAUGCUCUUAUCCGCUUGAGGCAGGAUUGUUCCCAAAGAAAUUGGUUAAUAGCUACCCUCUUUAUUGAAAGACCUCCAAGGGAAAGAUUUUACAAUCGAUCAUCUUUGAAGACAAAUAGGCUGACUUGCAAAGGGUUGCCAAUCCUAGUCUUGCUGCCUCUUUGUAAUUCUUAAACACCAGUGUUCAAAUGUUUCCAGGGCUCAUUUUCUUUAGCGUUUGAUUUAUACCUAAGCUUAUUGAUUUAGUCCCUUGCUAAUAAAACGAUGGAUAUCUUUAGAAGUGGA